CGCGAACGAUAAAGUCGCGCAGUACGCUCUUAAUAUAUAAAUAGCUAUUUUAUUGCGAAAGAAACUAUUCAACUCUUUCAAUUAAUAUGAAUUCAAAUGACAGAUAAUUAUGAAUACAGUAGCUAUUUCACUGCAGAAUUUUCGAUCAUCGUGUAAAAAAUGUUAAUUUGUUUCAACUGUUCGGUUUUCAUUUGAUUAGCUUACACUGUGCUCAAAGUAUUUGAAUAGAAUGACAAUUUAUUGAAAUAGCUUGCUGAAAUGUUUUCAGCUUAUAUGGAGACCAUAAGUGCCAACAUAAUAACAGUGAAUUGGCGCGUGAGGGCUGAGAACUACAACUACAUGACAUCGGCUACAGACACGUUCGACGUGGGUGGCAUUGUUGCCGACCUUUUGGAACACCUAAUCGAGGGCAAGUUCACUGAGCCCAGUCGAAUCCACAUUAUAGGCCAUAGUCUUGGAUCACAUGUUGCUGCUAGCGCUGGUCAUAAUAUUAUUCAAAUUACAAAUGAAAAAGUCAGUCGAAUUACAGGUCUUGAUCCAGCUAAGCCAGGGUUUGAAUUGGUUCCCCUUCGAUACGUUGAUAGUGAAAUUGUUAUGCUCAACAAGAGCCUGGCGCAGUUCUUGGAUGUGAUCCAUACAUGUGAUAAUAUUCUCGGAAUCUAUGAAGGAAUCGGCCAUGCUGACUUCUAUCCGAAUGGUGGAAGUCACACUCAACCUGGAUGCUCAUCAUUCUCAGCUUGCAGUCAUGGUAGAGCUUAUGACUACUUUGUGCAGAGCAUUCUCCUGAUGAAUUCUACCAAGUCUCACUUUGUUUCAACUCGGUGUGACUCUUAUUCAGACUUUCUCAAUGGAGCCUGUGACAGCAAUCCGAAAAAUGUUAUGGGUGAAGCUGUGGAUCAAAGUAUCACAGGAUCUUUCCAACUAAUGACCACCAAUGAUCCACCUUACGCCAUCGAAGAAGGAGAUAACAGCUUGGGAUCGUCUAGUUACAGCUCUUGGUUUAGUUUUUGCAGAUCAAGUACAAGGAGGAAGUAAAAAGCCUGUGUUAGUGGAUUUCAUUCUAUAUUGCAGGGAUAGACCAAACGGCGAGUACAUUAAUGUUACUACUCCAACUGAGAAAUUACUCGAAUACUUCACUAAACCGGAAUGCAUUAAAUGCAUUGUUCAUGGGUGGAUGCAAAACGCCUUCACACCAGUAAUUCAAGAUAUUAUGAAAGCUUAUUUGUUGAAGACGGAAUGCUAUGUGAUAGUGGUCAACUGGAAUUAUGAGGCCAAGGAAAAUUAUAUUGCUGCAAUCAAGUUUAUUAGAGGAGUUGGCGAAUUAAUUGCAGAUUUGUUACUCAGAUUGCGAUUUUUGAAGCGUUGUUUUCUGAACUCACUUCAUUUAAUUGGCCACAGUCUCGGUUGUCAUGUGGUCGGAUAUGCUGCAAGAUUUGUCCAUGAGAAAACUGAUUACAAAGCUAAGAUAGGAAGGGUAACAGGUCUUGAUUGUGCCAACCCUGGGUUUGAAACUUUAAGAAUUUCGCAACCAAUGGGUAGAGGAGAUGCCACUUAUUUUGAUGCCAUUCAUACUUGUAGCGGGUUACUUGGAAUGAGUAAAUCAAUAGGAGACUUUGACUUUAGGUGUAAUAAAGGGAAGCAUCCUCAACCAGGGUGUAAAAUUAUGGAUGUUACAUGCAGCCAUCAAAAAUCCUGCUAUUACUUCAAAGAAAGCAUUAUGGAAGGAGAAAAGGCUUUUAAGGCACACUUAUGCGAUUCGAAGAAGGACUUCGAGAAUGGAAAUUGUGAUUAUAAUCCGACUGCCCAUAUGGGAGAGCAUCUCAAAUUAAAUGAUUCAGUACCUGGCGAUUACUACUUGGAGACAAAAUCAGACUCGCCUUAUACAUUGAGUUGAUCAAGCUUUAAUAAUACUUGUAGCACUAGCAGUAACCGUUAGUGAAUAACAGUAAAGUAACAUAGUGAUUACUAUUAUUUGUUGGAAUAAUACAUUGUAUUGUAUGAGGGAUUGAGAGGUAUUUCAUAUUCAUUAUUACAUAAAAUGUCGAUAACUUUGAUGCAAGUUCUGUUAUUAGUUGAGACGGUUUCAAAUAGCAUUCAAGGUUCAUGGAACCUUGAUACAAUGAACCUUCAAGCACUCAAUAGCUUGAAGGUUCAUUGUAUCAACGUUAUCGUCAUGUCAUGAGUUGCAUAAGUGAUAAUGAUAACAUUUCUCCCAAUCCACCAUACAAUGCAUGAUACUAUUUCAACAAAUAUAACAGUACUCACUACUUCUUGUGUAUCUUCACGAUAGAUAAAUAACGUAAUUCCUAAGAAUAUAUGUAAUAUUGGUACAAGAUCAAGUUGUAUCUUGAAGGAAUGACGUUCAACUAUUUCAUGUUACUGUUUAAUGUGUUCACAGUAAAAUUGUUUCUUA